AUUAAAAGCUUUUACACAGUGUAUUCGCAGCUGGUAUAAGAUGGGAAAAUGACCCACCUGGGAUUUGCUAUGGAAACAGCACAAAACAGGUGUCUCGAAGGGUCUAGUCAGCAUGGUCUGUACCACAAGGUGCUCUGUAUCCAAGUUGCCAGUGGAGGGCCGGUCUGCUGACUGUCGGAAACCAAACAGAGUCAGAUGAAACCGACCCCCAACUACUGCUCCGGCACUGAGUGAAACAGACAGGCCAUGGGGUGUUGUGCACAUCUUAGCACUACUGUCCAUCCUGGGAACUCUGCAGCAUCUGCCCUUGUUAUGGCCAAGUCGCUAUGGCGAGGGUGGAGGUAAAGGUCGAGUGAAGUUCUUGUCCACAGCCUAGUGUGCGAUCAGUCAUACUCAACUGUAAAACAAUAUUUUCCCUACAGGGCAGCAGAAGCUAUGAGUGCUGUACGAUUGGGAUAUUGCAUGUGGUCAGCCAAAGCCAAGGAUUGGUGGGUAUCAUUUCCUGAUACUUUGGAGCGAGGGCUCAGCUUCUGCUUGUGGGUACUCAGCGAAAAUAGCCAUCGUUAGAGGGGCAGAGAAGGGCGAGAGAGACGGCUGCCCUCCAGGCCUGGUUCCUGCCAAUCAGAUUAUCGUGCUGAGAUUUUACCGAAAUGUGGCCCCCGAUGACGAUUGUGCCCGUGACCUCGCGUUGAUCUUUCCUCUGACUGCUCACUCACAUUGUGGCCAGAGCAUCCAAACGAGCCCUAAUGAGCACCGAUUACUCCAUGCGGUGUGGCUGUGUAGCAAGAGGCUGCACACUUUGCUUGAUAGAUGUUGAUGGCAGAUUGUGUGAAGUGUGAAAACCACCUGCGAUCACCUCUGCAUCGUUCGACCGUUGGGUGCGGAACCUCAGAUAUGCAGAGGCUGCUCACUUUUGGUGGAAUUCCUGUAUGGGCAAGCAGGAAUGCGGCUCUGAAAAGCCAGGGUGCCGUCUGCACACCUGGGGUCGUGUUUCAGCCUCGGCGAGACGGAGGGGUAUCACGGGUGAGAUGAGUGUGACAGGUCUAAACAUGCCAGAACCUCUUAAAUGAGACCAGAGCUGCAAGAUUCCUAGAUGGAAAAUAAAACCCGGUGAGCUCUUCUCUUGGUGCAAGAGAGGGUUCACUGUAACUUGGGGACAUUCUGUGUCCUUAACACUGUUUGUUUCUGUUUAGAUUGUUUUGGUUAUUCCUGCUAAUAUAAUCUCAUCUAAUGUCGUCCAGAGCAGCAGUGACUUUGAAUCCCUGAUGUGUGGCUCCUGCUGACAUGAGUUUCAGGACAACAUCAGCAUCCUCUCCUCAGCCCAUGAGGCAUGCCAGUUUGGCCCGGGAUGAAACCUCACAUUUCCUCUUUGUUGCUCCUGGCGGAUCGAGUCUCCAGGCAACGCGGUCCUGGUGUGGCGCACUCAGCAGGGCCCUGAUCCGGUCCGACACAUAAUCGGGUCUGUCUCUGGACCUAAUGGUUGGUACUGCUCCCCAGGGUGAGCUCAUUUCCGUUGAUAAUGGGUGGCAGGGGAGCUGGGCACUGGACUGAGCAUCUGAGCAGUCAGGCUCUCUAUAAUCCCAGUGAGGUUCAUCAACAGCAUGUGUCCUAGAGCAGGAACCAGCCGGCUCAUCGAAUCCACCAACAACAGCAAAUAAAAGGUUUCAUUGGGUUGGAUUUCAGAAAGUUGAAGUGAUGUCAGGAAGCUUCUCUCCCGAGGGUGUAGGGGUGUAGGCGUUGGGCAGUUAACGAAUACACCUCACCUUCCUGGAACCCACGAAAGGUCAUCUGCAUUCCAUGGAGGUCAGUGGCCUUGGGUCACUGUGGACUUCGAUGUUCUUACGGCCCAGUUUGUUUCAUAUUAACCCCAAACAUUCAAAAUUUGUGAAAGGCAGCCACUUGAACCCGGAAGCUAAAGCGGUUCCCAUUCUUGACUGACUUUAGUUGUUCCUUUAGUUGUUUAGUUUUGUAAAGAUAACAGUUGUGAUCUGAUUCGGUGCUUAAAAACAUAGUUUCCAAGGUGACUGUCAGGGUCAUAGUUAGGGUUAGGUUUGUUAGGGUUAGUUUUAGGGUUAGGAAUAGGGUUUUGUGGUUGCAGCUUCAAGUUCCAGGAUGCAGUAUCUUGAGGAGAUGACCUGACACUAGUAACUGUGUAGUAAAUGAGUAGCAGGUACCGCAUUCAGCUGGGACUCAGUCCCAGGCCACAGGGGGUGGAAUCCUGCUGUCGUGUCACAUUACUCAAACAUAGGAAGAGGUUCUGAGAAAUCCAAACAAACAAUCCAGGGCUUAGUUGCUCGUGGCCUCGGGUGCGAACCGGAGAGGGAGUGGGCAUGUGGAAACAAAACAAUAAGCGACGGCAGUGAAAAUAACCGAGCCCCCGUCGCAAUAACAGGCCCCGGUGGAUGGGGCCGACCCGGGCUGCGACGCAGUGUUGGUUUUUCGGGUGGUGCUCCAGGGAUCGCUGGGUCACUCUGCCGUAACACAUAUGACCCUCAUCCUGUUGGAUAAAUGCAAUGUUGACUACACAGGCGAGGGGCAGCGGCUGGGAGAAAAGAAAAAUAAAAACAGAAAUCGGCAGGAUUCCCGGAGUACUGAUGGCCCUCGGUCUGCUCUUGCUUUUGAAGUAGAGGGGCCUUCGGCGGAAGACCCCCGCAGGUCUCGAUGUCGCCCCUGGGAGCAAGAGGAGGAGUGGCGAGAGGCUGGGGGAUACAGGCCGUGCUUGUGCGCUUGUGUGUGUAUGCGUGUGUGAGGGGAGUGGCUGGAGUGGCGGAGCUGAAAUCCCUCCUCCCUCGGCUUCCCAGUGGCCCGGCUGAGCCGCGACCGAUGCAGCCUGAGAGGGAGAAGAGGGCGGGAGACACGCACGCACACACACGCGCGCGCGCACAGAAUCGGAGUGGCUCGGAGCUGUCCGAGAGCGAGCGGGCAGCGCCGCGCCUGCAGCCGCGAGCGGGGCGGGGGGGGGGAUCGAACAGCAACCGCUAGCGACGCUAUGUUAGCGGCCCCCUGCAACAUGGGACUCUAGAUCCACGCGGAGGACUGUCAUCAUGGGCAACUCCUUCCAGAGGAGGAAAGCACACAGCGGUCAUGGGCGAGCCAAGUCCUCCCAGCAUCUGGGGAAAGCGGACAAACUCAAAGCAGCUGCCUCCAAACCAGAGGAUGACCGCAGGUUGACUGUACACUUCCAGAGCUCCCCACACUACCAGGAGAAUGUGUUUAUCGAGGGCAGCCGGCCACGGUACCUAGAAGUGCUGCACUCAGAGGCGCAAGAAGGGCUCAAAAUUCUGCAGCAAGAAGAAAAACAGAAUGGUCUUGAUGCCGAAAGUGUCAGCUCAACGACAACGCUGGGGCCAGGGGGUGGUGCUUGCCAGCGGGAGAGAAGGGGUUCGUUGGGGUCUCGGAGCACCACGGGUGACACUGCGUCAACAGCCUCCACAAGGCCGGCGCUGGCUCGCCAAGGCUCCACAUUCAAACCUCCCAACCCAGUGAGGAGGCCCGAGAAGUUACGGAGAAGAAGCAGGAGAACCACGAUAAUGGGAAUACCGCACCACGUCCAGAAGGAGCUAGGACUGGAGAGAGGAGUAAUGCUUCAACCAAAAAUGGAUGGAAAAGUGUCCAAUGGAGGGGAAGGUCUCCCUGGUAUUGUGGUCAUCCCAACCAUUGAUGGAGAAGUGCCCACAGCCAAUCACGGAGGAGCACGAGUGCAUCUCCAGAACAUUGAGCUGCUGCAGUCCUCCAAAGAAGAACAACUUUUGAAACACCACAUCCAACAAGUUUACCAGGAAGAUGUGGAGAUCUGCCCUGCAAACAUGCGGAGGCCCAAGUCUCUGGCCGUGCCAGGGUUGACCACAGGCGGAUUUUUGGCGGAGCCCCAGGGCCCUGUCAUGUCGAUCUCACCGCAGGCUACCUAUUUGUCCACGAUCAUUCCCAAUGCUAUCCUGCCUGCGGCUGUUGACGUGAUCGAGAUCAACCGCAGUCGUAGCCAGAGCAGUGUGCGCACAGUGGGCAAGAGCAGCUUGUCAGCCAGCCCAGCCUCAUCUCGCUGUGCCGCUGCCAGAGGACCCUCCUCCAACCGGAGCCACUCACAGUCCUCUGAGACUGUAAUCUCCAACUCUUCCACCAUCUCCUCUAAGUGCAGUGCCCAAGUCCCCAAUGGCACGGAGAAAGACGCAGAGCAUGGUGGGCCACUGGCCUCAGAUCGAGUGAGUCUCUGUAGUGCCACCAGCUGGCUCAGUUCAGCCAGUGCAAGUACCAAACAGCAGGCUGAAAUGGCACCCCAUGGUGGGCGGGAGAUGAACGAUGGGGAAAGCCAGCGGAGUGAUGGCUCCUUCAUUCGCUGUUUGUCUGUGACUAAGACAAAGAUGCCUCCAGCUCCACCCAAGAGGACAUACUCCUUGCACCAGGAUAAGCUCAAGCAACGUUCUCAAGAGAUAUUGGAGACAGACUCCAAUGAUUCUGGAGUUAGCAGUGGGAAGAUGUCUGGGGUCAGCGGAGCAAAGUACAGCAACGCAGAGGAGGAGGCUCUCACACAAAACUUGUCUGCAAGUGCUGGAAGUCCUACAGACUCUACAAACUCCUGCUCAUUAGAUGAUUCUAGAUCUUCUGUGACCUCCAGUGCACUUAUGUCUGAUCAGACUGUCACCCCUGACAGUGCACCGGGCUCCAGCGAAUCCUCACCACAGAAAUUACCUUCCCGUGGGAAUAAGUUUGAAAGGACCCUGUCCCCCUCCAGUGGCUACUCAAGUCAGAGUGGCACCCCAACCCUAUCUGCCAAAGAGAUCCACCCCCCCUCACCUGGAAAUAAAAAGGCAAAGCCCACUAAGCCAGAGCGCAUGGGCUCACAAGCAUCUCCUGCUGCCUCCAUCUCUUCUUCGUUGACUUCUCUGUCCUCAUCUGUGUCAGAGACUGUACACCAAGAUGCCCAGGUCAAUGGGCAACCUUCUAACAUUCCCAAGGCUUCACCCCAUAGUGCUGUGGGAGCUGACAAAGUCUCCUCUGCAUCCAGAAAAGUGACUCUCAGGGAAGAACUUGACAUUCCGCCACCACCAAAAGUUCGAGCGCCUUUCCCCCCACCUCCAGAGAUAUGGAUGCACAACAAACGCACUUUUGACUUGCUGUGUGGCUCAAGAGCUGCUGCCACCAGGUUGACCAUGCCUCAGACGCGGCAUCCAAAAGCACCUUCACAGGACCAAAAACAAGAAACUGUAAAUGGUGAACAUAAGACACCUGGGACAGAGAAACAAAGGGAGGAUUCAUCCGAAACAAAUAAAGAAGGCAAAUUACAAAGUUGGAAUGAUCCAGUUUCAGAACAUAAACCAGAGACUUCAAAAUGUAUAAAAGGGCCUUCAGAUAUGGAGAAUCCAAAAGCAGAACAAACAAAUUUAAUAGUUCAGCAGAAACAGGAACCUACAGAGAAGAGUAAGGACCAAGAUAGUUUAGAAGCCUGCAUUCUUACCAACCAAAAGAGGGAACAAGAGAGUUCAGCCAUGUUAAAGAAGGUACCACCCCCAGUUAUGAAAAAGAAUAGUCUAAUGGCACACACAUAUCACCCACCAAAAGUUAAGGAAAAUCUGCUGGUACAAAAGAAAAAUCUUCCUCCUGAGGUGGAAACUAAUCCCCUUCUUGAAGAAAAGAUGAUGAAUGUUCAGAAGCAGGAGGCUCUAGACAAGGGUGCUGUUGCAGAGAGAUUCAACACUUUGCAGUCCAUGCAGACUCUUUCAGUUGAUGCUCCCAAAGUAGCUGGUGUUUCUCCCCCUCCUUCCCCACCUCCUGCUUAUCAUCCACCCCCACCCCCCUCAAAAAAUGGACUUACCGCCUCAGUAUCCUCCUCGCUCCUGGAAGACAAUCAACUGAAUACCACAGUGGAGUCCUGCUGGCCUCCUCCCCCUCCACCCAUCGAGGAAUCUCCCACACCUGUCUUUGAAGAGCAGGAUGAGUUGGACUUUCCCCCACCUCCUCCCCCUGUCUUGCAGGAAACCUUGCUGGAUAGUACUGAGGGUUUUGUGACUGUGACUGAAAUUCAGGGAACAUCUGAAUCCUUGGUUGAAAGCAUAUCAAAGACGCAGCCACCUGUUUCAUCCCUGGCUGACACUCCAAUGGCGGUGAAGGAAUGCGUACAUGAAGAAGAGCUGGUGACCCAAAGCAGCACAGAUUCAACUGCCAAUGUCCUGCCGGUGAGGCCAGAGACUUCUGAGGCUGUACAGCCAAGGGCUACUCUAGGUCACUCUACAGAGAGCAAAUCACAGGCCCCACAAGUGCCACACUCAAAGCAGAUGCCACUUCCUUUACCAGCGGGUGUUCCACCACCACCACAGGAAGCCCCACCUCCACCACCCACAGUACACAAUGAAAUCCUAACUGCUCCAGCAGUGAUUUUCCCACCAGCCCUUCCAACCCAUGUGCCCCUUGCACCCCCACUGCCAGAAGAAAAAAAGACUUCAGCUAUCUUUAAAAGACAGCCAGGAAACAUGAACUGGGAAAGUAAAAGUAAAGACCUAGAGCCCUGGAACAGAAGCUCACCCGUACCUAAGGAGGAUGCCAACAUUCCCCUAGUCACCCCCUCCCUUCUCCAGAUGGUCCGUCUGCGAUCUGUCAACGUCAGCGAUGAUCAGACCGCUAACCCUGCAGAGGAUAGAGAAAUGGGCAAUGGGAGCAGUCCUAGUGAGGGACAAAGCCAGACCCAGGCUGGUAGCCAGAGUGUUCCCCAGAAGCCCGUCCGCAAGUCUCUGUCCUUGAAAUCCCCCGGGCCCAGUGGAGCAGCACCCUCCUUGAGACUGCAAGAGGCCAUUCGGAUGAAGACUGCAGCCAUGACAUCAAAGGAUGCACUUCCAGCCAGGCUCAGCCUGCGUUCCCCCCUCUCCUCAAACAGUGGUGGUGAGUCAGGAGUGUUUUCUUCGAAGCCCUCAGAAGGAGGAGAUGUGCACAAGUCCCCUGCCUCCACUGCCAGUUUCAUCUUCUCCAGGAGCACAAAGAAGGUCGUCAUUGAAACGCCCACAUCCCCUGAGGCCCAGUCCAGCCUCAAGCAGAGCCUGGUGGCAGAACUCAUGCAGGUCUCGGACACGGCAAACCUGGCAGUUGCAGACAGUAAGCCCAGCGCCAUGGCUAAGAGGCCAAGCAAAGUUCCCCCUCCUGUUGCCAGGAAACCAGGCCAAGUAUCAAAUAACCAGAGUAAGUUGGCGAGCCAGAGCGAAAAGGUUGAGAGUUCCCCAACUGAGAUGCCAGCAAGCGCGGCCAAUGUGCAAAGUAAACGGGUGCAACCUGCAGGCCAGAAUGCACACCCAGAAGACAGCAAAGAGGCAACAAGUAGUACAGAAGCUGCAAACACAGUUGAAGCUCAACCCACGUCACGAAGGAGCUCAGGCUCUGCACGGACGGACCAGUCGGAACUCUAGAGGGCACUGAGAGAAAGCCGGACAGAAAGCGGUUGCGAUACGUACUCGUGAGAAAGGUCCGCUGGAUCUUCUCAGCAGGAGGAAGUCUUAAUAAAAGCCUUAGCCUUAAAGCGACCUGCAUAUUUAUGCAAAAAUAGCUGUGGAUCUUUAAUAUCUUUUUAUAGCUUUGUUUUGGACCAUUUAGUUUCUGUGGAGCAGUUUGACUUGGAACAAGUUCAGAGUACCCUCAAGAAUGUUGUUUUUCUUGCAAGUCUCCCUGACUGCAAGUUUAAGCUGCCAUCUCGUGGUCAGAAAGGGUUGUGUCCACCUCUGUUAAGUUCAGAAGACCGAAAACCUGGUAGCUACAUUCCUGUGCAUACAUGACACAAGAUUUUAGACGAUUCCCUUUUAAAAUGAACGUAUUAUUACAAUAAUGCAGUAUUCCUUUUUGGAGUUAAGUACUACUUACUGCAUUUACUUUGUUAGUUGGUACGUUGAUCUUAGAGCUGACCUCAAAUUUUUGUUCUAUAUGCAAUUUUACUUUUCCAACUUUGAAAAAAACAUUUUUACUGUUUUUAUUUUGGAACUAAGUGCUUGACAAAAAGGGAUACCUGCAUAUUCAAACAUUCAAUCAGAAAAGCACUUUGAAAAGCAAAUAUGCUGCAUCAGGUCUUUUGGAUAGCAACGGUGUAGUCCUUCCGGGUUAAGAUAAUUAACUGCUCCUUAGGUAUAUUCCCAAAGAGUGUAUAUUAUGCAUUCUUAUAGCACUGUUACCACAGCAACCAUACAUUGACAUCACUAUGGCUACGUAUACAAACACAUAUAUACAGGUAUAGAAACUCCAUUUAAUUCAGUUUUUUGUCAGUCUUUAUCGUUAAUAUUUCUUGAAAAUAGCUGUUUCAUUUCAAACCUGUCUGCUACAUGCACUUUGAUGUGCCCAAUAAUUGAGAUGAUGCUGUUGAUCUUAAUGCCUAUUACUUUAUGUAGUAAUAUGCAGUGGUACACAAGCUGUCCAGAUGGCACCGAAGCAGAAACGCUGCCUUUAGCACCACAGAGAAGGCCACACUUGUCACACUAAUCACACUGUGCUCCUUUCUAUUUGAAAUGGACUCCGGAACGAGAAACGGGCUCCGGAACCCCGACGCUCCUUCACAUCUCAACAGAAUGUGCUCGAGUUCUGGCAUCCAACUUGAGCGCCUCUUCCUGUCAUGAGAAGUGAUGUGAAUUGAUGGACAUCCGGAAAGCAUCUUGAAUAACUAGUUCCAUAAACCAGGAGUGAGUCAUUCUAAUCCUCCAGGACCAUGGUCAUGUCACCAAGACUCCCAUCAAAUUCAACAAAUGGACCAAACAUUGACUGAACACUGAAAACCUGGGGUCUAAUCUCUAUUCAGGACUUAAACUGCAAUUGCUUUUCUGCAGUACAUCCACUGCUGUUGUACUUUUUGGGUAAAAUCCCUUCUUUAUUUCAAUGCAACCUUGCACAGCUGGCCUUACAAGUACCUGAAGAGGAAGAGAUGACCUUUCACUGGGAGUUGAGCCACAUACCUUCUGCCUCGGUAAUUCAAAUACUGAAGCUAUUACGUUAAAUACUGAAAAUAAUGUACAGCUGAUAUCUCUUUGUUAAGAAAAAAGUAUGAAAUAAAAUACGUAGGAAUUUACGGUGUCACUUCAUCGACAAAUGCUAUUUUGUUGAUAAGCUUCAAUAGAACAAUUAAUCAUAUGCUGUUUGAACCUCCAGCUUAAUGACUGUGGUCCUGAAGGUCACGAAGACCGAAAUGCAGCUCAGAAAAAAAUAUUUACUUCGUACUUGAUUUACUUUGGAAGCUUUUUGUUCAUUGAACAAGGCAGAAAGGAAAAGUGAUAAAGGACAGAGGUUUCAGCAGAAGUUGUAAAACAAAGUGCAAUUACUGUUUCUAUGAAACAUCAGAUUAUAUCAAUUCGCAUUGUAAAAAUAAAAGUUACAAUGGGAGAAACAUGCUUGGGGCAGAACAUUAAAUAGGGUAAUCAUUGCCAACUAAAAUCUUAUAGCACAUCCAUAGUUAGAACAAAAAUUACUGUUUUGCAAAUAUAUGACAAAACACCUAAAAAUGAGAGAAAAUGCAGUUUGUGACACCUUUUUCAUUUGCUUCUUUAAAUGUGUUUUGUAACUUUAAAUGUGUUUUAUAUCACUUGGUUUCUGUUCCAGCGGCAGUCUUUCUUUCCAUUUGGGCCACCAGAACACAUAACUUUGGGCAACCGUGUUUUAAAUGAUACUGUACAUCAAAGUCAGACAAAAUGCAAAAAAACUGUGUUCAGUUCCAAUUUGCAAAAUGGCAUGACAAUAUGCCCUCAUCAUACCUUCAAAAGUUCAUAUUAUGUGAAUCAUGUUCUUCCAUUUAUUCAUCGCAUUCAUGUUUCCACAGUAAAACAUACAAGAAAAAGGUUAAGUUGCUCACCAACUGAUGUCUCACCAGAUCCAUGAUCACUUUGUACAGAGAUUAUUAAAUUAGUUGACGCUAUGGUGCCUGCUGCUCACCCUG